UAUGUACAAAGUCGGUAAGGCCGUAACCCACAGGCCUCUUAAGCCUCCUCCUCUACCCAUCCGCCUUUAUAUACGCGAGAAAACACAGAAACGAAGAGAGGUCGAGCCAAGUAUUUCACCACCUUCUUCCUCCUCUCUUCUCUGAAAUCAUUACUCUCUAAGCAAUGCCAGCCCAGAAGCGCUCCGCAGACGAGACCCAUGACAACGACGACGAUCUUGACCAGCACGAUAUCAGCAACGAUCAUGACCAGCAUUCGCCUGGAGAAGAAGGCGAUGCAGCUAAUGAAUCCGAUCGGAGCCCGCUUUCUAGUGAUGGAGAGAAAGAGGAAUAUGUUUUAGUAAAACUAUCUGAAUUACGGAAGGAAGUUCAAUGCCCAAUCUGUCUAGGUAUCAUCCGGAAGACCAGAACUGUAAUGGAAUGCCUUCAUCGCUUCUGCAGGGAAUGCAUUGACAAGUCGAUGCGGCUUGGUCACUUUAGGAACAAUGAAUGUCCUGCUUGCCGUACCCACUGUGCUAGUCGUCGUUCUUUAAGAGAUGAUCCAAAGUAUGAUGCCCUGAUUGCAGCUCUAUAUCCAGACAUUGACAAGUAUGAAGAAGAGGAAUUAGCUUUGCAUGAGGAAGAGAAGGCUCGCAACAAGCAGAUACAAGCAUCUAUUUCCCAGACUUUGAAGCGGCAAUCUGAAGCUAUUGGUAGGAAGCGAUCAGCAAAAUCUGCAGCAGCUGCAGUUGUGAGGAGAUCACAUAGUCGCUUUCGAGAUAUUCCUUUGAGGGGCAGGAGAAACCACCAAACAGAACUCCAGGGAUCUGAUGAAAAUGAAGAUGCAGAUGGAGAUGGAGAGAAAAACUCAUCUUCUGCCGACGAGCGCGGCACAGAAGUUAUACCUAAAAGAAGCAAAAGAUUAGGAGGAGCGCAGUCUUCUGCAGGUGCUUGUGCAGAUGGAGGUGGUGAUGAAAAUGGUUCUGAAAUGAUCAGAGAAUCCCUGGGUUCAUCUGUUGGGCUUCUUGGUCCCUCAGAAAUGUUAGCUUGGGGUGGGGGUGGUAUGCGGAGUCACACUCGGUAUGGCAGUUUGAAUGGUGGCAAUGGUAAGAAUCCCCGGGGUAGCCGCAUUUCUAGGUUGGUAGAUCAUCUUCAGAACUUAGAAGAGAAAGAUGAUGAGCUGGAUAUCCACUUCAUGCUUGUCUCUUUCGAUGAAGAAAGAAUACCCAAUCUGGAGCGGCCGUACUUGUGGUGUAGGCCUAGUUUGUCAGUGGGGCAGCUUUGCCAGUAUGUAGCUGGCAAAACUGAAUCGCGAGCUGAUGAAAUUGAGAUUUACUUGGUGAAAGAGCUGCGAUCCAAUGUCAACCCUUCAACCCUCUUGAAUGACCAGAUUUCUAAGUCCAGUGUAAUUGAUCCAUGCAAAGAUAAGUUGCAAGUUUUAGAUGAAGGAGAAACAUUGGCAGGACUUACAACACAAAACUUCAGCCAUGGCUAUCUGCUGCUCGCGUAUCAGAAGAAGUUUUGGAACUCAAAAUGGUAGUGACAAAUUCAUCACUGGCUCUCUCUGUUGAGCUGUUUCAUGGUGUCUCUGAAGAAGGAAAGUUCAUAUAAACAUAUACUUAGUUCACAGAAACUCAGAUAGGCUUUUAAAUCUUUUUAGUUUCCAUGCUCUAGAAUGCAGUUUCUCAUACAGGGACAAAAGGAGAGAUUACAGAAAUAGACACAGAAAGAUAGGGCAUGUUUGAUUGUAGGAAAAUGGAUGAUUGAUGCAACUUCUUUUCAGUUUUUUAUUAAACAGCUGGGAAUUGAUUAUUUGGGUUUAA